AUGCAGCCCGAAAGAUUGAUCAGCUCUGGCUGCAAAGCGUUUUUGUCGGAGGAUGUCUACUUCGCCCAUCCACACUACUAUGGAGACUGCGUGUUGAUAACGCGACUGGGCAGCUUCAUGGCUCCAGCCAUUGCCAGCCUUCUCAUCACAUUCUUUGUUCUUGAUCGAUAUGUCCUCCAAGCGUUUGUGCUUCCCGCUCUAUACGGAACAAAAUAUACGAAAAUGGAAACCCGGUUCCAGCGAAUCUUCUCCAUUACACAUCUUGAUUGGAUCGUUCGAUUGAUCUCACUGUCUACGGUAUCCAAGGGAGUGUUCGAGGUGGUCUUUGGAGGCCGCCAUUGGUCUGAUUCGUAUUUCGCGGACCCUUCCAUCACUCACGCUACGCUGGGAGAUGUCGCCUCUGUUGCUAUGUACUUGGUGUGCGCAUUCAAAACAUUUGAGCUUCUUCGAGCCCAGGAUUUGAAGUUGUUGAUUGUCUUGCAUCAUGUGGGAACUAUUGUAAUGAUCCAGGGAUUCUUGUCUUUGGCUUUCAAUCUCCCUGAAAAUGGUCUUUCAACAAGAUUCCACUCGAGAACUCUCGCGGAUAUGUUUGGCUUCUGGGUGUUCUUCGAUGGCACCCUGGGUGUUGCCUCGCAUUUGACGCUGAUCCUCCGGCGAGGUUGUUCAACGCAGACUGAGCUGCUGUACAGAUUCUACGAUAUAACCUAUGCUGCUUCUCUGCUUAGCACUAUACUCGAACCGAUCAUCGUCGCAUACCUCCUCCAUCUGCAUUGGAACCGGUUGUCUCUCACCGCUCAUGUGGUCAUCUCAUCCCUGCAGGUCUUGUUCUUUUUCUCCAAGCUCAAGGUCUGCUCACGGGUGGGCGCUGCUCGCAAGGAGAGCCAAAAGGCAACACCACCUACAGAAAAGAACUGA